AUGUCUGGCGAUGGCUUUGGAGAAGCAAGCCACUCGACGUGGGCGGCGUACAUGCUUUGGCCUUUUGCCGCAUUGUCCCACAUGGACAUCGAAAACCCCCGUCAUCAGCACAAGAUAUCGACGCCUGCCACGCCGAAGACUGCGGAAGAUUCGGCGAGGUACCGUGCGCAUUGGGCAAGAAAGUCGGUCCUAGUUCGUGACGGGUACAGGUCCAUCGAUGCUCAGAUAUCUCUGGAGUCCACCUUGAACAUUUUGAACGACUACUGCCAAGUGGCACGCUCUCUCGAAGCUGCCAUCAAUGACACCGACGAUCCGCAGAAUAUCCUAUCGCUGGGAUUGUAUCCCCGUGACAAUUUCCACGAUUUUAGCUGGUGCCUGAGGGCUACGGAGACACCCAAUUGCUACGAGAUCCGCUACAUGCCAGACAAUGAACGCUACCCCGGGUGCCGCCCAAACCGCAGCCAAAUCGCGUUCGUAGACCACAGCGUCGAGUUCACCGCGCUCGACGCAGAGCACGCGGUACCCCAUACUUCCACGUGGAUGCAGAAGGCGCUGCCGAACCCGGAGCUGCUGCGAAUGCACUGUGCGCUCGCGCAUAUACUGCAUCUCAGUGGCGCCGCGCGGUUGUUCCAAGAUUUCUGUAUAUCCUCAAGACAAUCCGGGACCGGGGCAGCGGCGCAUGUGGCCCCGACGGGAGCGGCGUUCAUGGCGCACGUGGUGGACGAAGAUCCGUAUGUAGUCAUGGAGCUGCGAGAGACUCUUGCUGCAGCACUUGGCUCUUCAUGA